UGUAAACGCAAUCAAUAAUAAACUAAAAUUAUUGGCAUCUUCAACGACUGACCUUUUGCCAUUUCGCAAGAAGCAAGCAGCCAAUUUUUCUUAUUCAUCAAGAAACAACCUCUUCAUAAGCGCGUCGAUUUCUUCUUUAAUCCAUUAUGAUGAUCAAAAGAUAAUCUCCAUUAGUAUCCGAUCUCAGAUAGAAUAUUAUGGUGCUACCGUUAUUAAAACUGGGGACAUUAGCCGUUAAAACCCUAAGCAAACCAGUCGCUGGUAAGCUCAAGCAACAAGCAGCUUUCCAUCCUAAAUUUCGCCAGUUUAUUAUCAACAUUGCUCAGGCAAAUCAUAGAUUGACUACUCGAAUGCAAAGGAGUAUAUAUAGUCAUGCGACAGAUGUUGAGAUAAGGCCUUUGAAUGAAGAGAAAGCUGUUCAAGCUGCUGUUGAUCUCAUCGGUGACGUCUUUGUUUUCACUGUUGCUGGAGCUGUUGUGAUUUUUGAGGUGCAAAGAAGUGCUAAAUCAGAAGCCAGAAAAGAGGAAAAGCGCCUGCAAGAGUUGGAGGAAAUGAGGCAAAGAGAUGAACAGUUAGCCAAAGAGGUGGAAAUUCUUAGACAGAAACUUGAAGAAAUUGAACAGCUUGCCAAGGGACGGGGACUUGGUGGUAUCUUCAACUUCAAACAUUCCAACACAGACGGAGGAAAGGUGGAAAAACCAGCUUAAUUUGUCUAUGCAAUUCAGUAAUAGAACAUAAUCUGGUUGCACAAUUUCCUAUUCCUUAAGGAGCUCCAUUCUUGACGAUUAUAGCUUUCUUUUUUUUGAUUCUUUUCCCCUUGUUUCUUAGAAUGAGUGCUGGCUACAAUGAUUUUUAAAACUCAUAAGGUUCUACGUGUAGGAUUAAAAAGGAAGAGGGAAUGUAAAGAUGGUGACCGAUUGAGGUAUGCAUUCUAGUUAGGAAAGAAAAAGAUUAAAUGCCAAUUAUUGUUACAAUGAUAGGAGACUAUACAUGUUGAAGUAUGGAUCAUUUAAACUGUACAAAAUCUCUCUAGCUUGUUAACGAGUCAGUUCGCUGGAGGCUUUUCUUGUGAACAACAACUUUUCUGUAUUCUUCUACGUUUGUCCCUAA